AUGGCACGGGGGCCCGGAAAGGCCCGCGACUUCGACUACUCCAAUGUGGGAACUAAAGGGAGGCGCACUGGAAUCUCCUUAAAGGAAGGCCGGCGCGACGAGCAUGGAAUGGAAGAAGUAGAUGGCCUCUUCUCUUCUCCUGAAAAGUCGCCUGCCAAAUUUAAUGGGUUUGAGAACGGGGGCAACGAUUCUUCAAUUGGGUCGGAUGGCAUGUCCAUAGACGAAGGCAACGCGCCAGAACCCAUGGACUUUCUUAAGGGUACCAACGGAUCACGUACCUCUUUUCUCCCCCCACCUGCCGCACGUUCGCCUAUGAAGACUGGCCUUUCCGGUUCUCCGCGAAGGACGCCUGCACUACGAUCAACUCCAGACUCGCAAGACGAUCUUGAGUCAUCUAGUCCCUCCGACGGCAAAGGUUUAAGCGCACAGAGCGAGGCGCGUCUGGAUCCUUCUCCUCUAUCCACUCGCUCAGUGAAUGCGGGGCAUUCAAAUCAGAAGAACGGCGCGCGACAAAGAUCGGCAAAAGCACAGCUAGUAGGGGAACCGGAGGCUACAUUUUUACCCGAAUUUUCGGACGACGAAGGUGACGAGAAUGCAUUUGCCCAAGUACAGCAAGACUUUGGGGACAGUUUGGUUGCCGAUGAUGAACCACUGCCAACUGCAGAGUUGUCCGAGUCUCCGGAGCCAUAUCAAAAUGGAGACAGUGACAAUUCUCCCAUCGAAACAGCCCCGCGCACAGAAACUGCCGUGAGCUCCAAAUCAACAAAGAAGGGCGCACCAACACACCCCGCCAACGCAGGCAGGAGCCAGGCCAAACCCCCUGGACGGCGUGGACGCCCUCGAAAAUCCGAUCACGGUGACGUCGAAGAAGAUACCAAUCCCAGGCCAGCCAAAAAGCAGAAGAGCUCUGCCAAAGCGCCUCCACCCGAGCGCGAACCUCUGGAUCCGGAGCUAGAUCGAGUAGUGAAUGAUUACGCCAACCGCACAGGCCCGUUGAAAGGUAGAAGUUUGUAUAUUCUCAAGCGUGAAAACCCUACCGACAACAGUGCGACUCACACCCGAUCUGGCCGUGUUUCGGUCCGACCACUGGCAUACUGGCGUAAUGAACGGUGCGUCUUUGGUGAUGGGGAGGCCGCCGAGGGCCAUCGAUAUCCUCUUUCAACUAUCAAGGAAGUCAUCCGUACCGAAGAACAAGAGCCUGAUUACAAGAAGAAAGGGAGGCGCUCGGCUUCUCACAAGUCCAAGCCCAAAUCAAAGAAGCGAAAGGAUGAAUCGUCCGAUGAAGAAGAUGAAGCCGUUGAUCUAUGGGAAAAAGAAGGUGGUGUCCUUCAUGGAUAUACCCUCAAGUGGGACAGUAAAACUCAAACCAGUUCGAAGGAGGAGGAAGUUUUAGACAUUGCAUAUGCUCCUUCUGGGAUUGAGACCAGGGAAGUCAAAGGUUCAACUUUCAGGUUCGCGAAGCUACUCAGCUCUUCGUUCAUUGGGUCUGGAGUUGUUGAACUACCCCCUGACGGAGUCAAGAAACCCAAGAACUCGAAGAAGAUGCACAUGGUCUUUUAUGUCUGCCACGGACGUGUCCAGGUGGAUAUCUCAGGUGUUCAGUUCAGUGCAGGCAAGGGUUGUGUUUUCCAAAUCCCUCGUGGAAAUUACUACAGCUUUGCGAAUACUCAUCACAAAGAAGCACGACUGUUCUUUACUCAAGGCUGUGUUCCUGAUGAGAGCGAAAGCGAAAAUGAGAACGACACGCAGGCUGAGGUUGACAAUAACAAUGACAUGUCUGCUGUGUCUGAUGAUGCUAGCCCCGAAAGCGAAGUUGAGCCUGCUCCUGCUCCUGCUAAGAAGGCCAAGGGUCGUCCAAAAGGCAAACAGAAGAAGGCUGGAAAAUAA